CCUUAGGGUUUGGACUUUGGACAGAUCGAGGAUUUAUAGAGAGCACUAGUAGCGGCGGCAGCAGAUUUAGGGUUUUGAGAGCAGAAAGCAGCAGCAGCAGCAGCAGCAGCCAUGGUUCUCAAGACUGAGCUUUGCCGCUUCAGUGGCGCCAAGAUCUACCCUGGUAGAGGCAUCAGAUUCAUCCGCUCCGAUUCUCAGGUUUUCCUGUUCGUGAAUUCCAAGUGCAAGAGGUACUUCCACAACCGCCUCAAGCCGUCCAAGAUCACAUGGACUGCCAUGUUCAGGAAGCAGCACAAGAAGGACUCUGCUCAAGAAUCUGUGAAGAAGAAGCGCCGUGCCACCAAGAAGCCUUACUCAAGGUCCAUUGUUGGUGCCACUUUGGAGGUCAUCCAGAAGAGGAGGACCGAGAAGCCUGAGGUCCGUGACGCUGCUCGCGAGGCCGCUCUCCGUGAGAUUAAGGAGAGAAUCAAGAAGACCAAGGAUGAGAAGAAGGCAAAGAAAGCAGAAAUCACAGCCAAGUCAAGCAAGCCUACCAAGGGUAGUCUGUCCAAGGCUGCAGCCCCCAAGGGCCCCAAGCUUGGUGGUGGAGGUGGAAAGCGAUGAAUGUUCGUCUUCCUAUGUAAACCGUUUAUUUACGCUAGUUGCAGUUUUACUUAGACAAUUGAUCCCUUUCUGGUCUGAGUUUUGUUCUAUGAUUGGCCUUGUUGACCAGUUUAAUAUUUGCAUGUUUAUGGUGGAUUUCCAAUUGCAUCAGUAAAAGAUUAUCUUUUUAUUCCAAUGCCCA